GUAGUGAGGAGCUAUAUACAAAGAUGACGGUACCAACAGAAAAUGUGAAGGAUGUACUGUCUGUUAGAGUUAUGAGACUUAAUCGUCCAACAUUUGUUAUACAACGAUGUGAACCAACUGAACUUUACUUGGAUGAUAUAGCAGGGUGUUUAACAGCAGCUGAUGCAAGUAUUCGUGGAGACCUUGAUGGUAUUGCGUUAAAUCUUCUAUCUGCUGAUAAUGACAGUAAAGAUAAUUAUAGUUAUAUACAACCAAAAGUUGGUGGAUAUACUGAACUGUUAAGUUUAACUCAUUCGUUUGGUACUAUUUAUUUGGGUGAAACAUUCUCGGCACAUAUAAAUUUACAUAAUGAAAGUAAUCAAAUUUGUUACAAUGUUGAAUUAAAAGUUGCUCUUCACAACCGUAUCGAAUCGAUCACUUUACCGAUAUUCACUUCUAUAAGUGGUCAAUCUAAUAGUACUAUUACUUCACGUAAUUCUUCAACAAAUUCAGAAUCAUCAAAUACUCAUACAAGUUCAGGUCCAUGUAAUAACGCUGGUGGAAUCAAUACUAAGGAUAAUAUUUUUGAUUUACAACCAGGACAAUCAUUGAAUGCGAUUAUCAAUCAUGAAUUGAAAGAAUUAGGGGUUCAUAACCUACGAUGUACGGUCUCAUAUUUUCAAACUAGUUCUCACGGUAAAUCAGAAAGUUCAUCACAUGUGGUAGCAUAUGAAUCUCCACGGUUAACAUCAGGUCUUUCAUCUCGUGAUACUACUAGUAAACGUGAACCAAUUACAUUUCAACGCUUAUAUAAGUUUAUGGUCAACAAACCUUUGGAUGUUCGAAAGAAAUUUUCAAUAGUUGAUAUUGAUCAUAGUGUACUUAUGGAAACACAAAUUCAAAAUCUCACUGUUACACCAAUUAUACUUGAACGUGUUUUAUUUGAAUCAAAUCCUCAAUUCAGUGUGGUUGAUUUAAAUAAUUUACAGUUCGGUAAAAAAUCUCAUUCUAAUACUCCAACGUAUUAUUUACAACCGAAUGAUGUACAACAAUUUUUAUACCGUUUAAUACCGACAACAACCAAUUCAUCGCCUUUGUUAAAUCUAUCAUCUACCAAUUCAUCAAUACCAACUUCAACUGUACCUGAUCCAAUUCCAGUUUCUUCCAAAACUACUCGUCAAGUGUCAAUAUCAGCAGGACGUUUAGACAUUACAUGGAGAUCACUUAUGGGUGAAAGAGGACGCUUACAAACAAGUUCUUUAAAAUACGAACUUCCUACUUUUGGUGAUAUUCAGCUAAGGGUUUUAACUAUUCCAUCCACUGUGAAAACAGAACAACCAUUCACAUUAAAGUUUGAAUUAACUAAUUGCAGGUAUAUCAUAUACUUUAUUAUUUUGAAUAGUAGUUUAACUUUUGUCAAUUAUAACUACUGAAAAUAAUAUGUACGUUGAUGAUAUGAAAUAUUCCUUAUUGAUUGAUUGCAUCAACUAGUGUUCACCGGGAUUAUUCACUUAAUUUAAUUAUUUACAACUAUCAGUCAUUUUACUUCAGAUGUGUAUCUCUUUCCGGUCCGUUAUAAUCACUUUGAUAGACGUUAACUAAUCGAUUUAAAUAAAAUAAAUUUAGACUUGAUCCUUAGUUUAUGUUCAACUAAAUAUAAUGGUUCUUCUUCUAUUCCAAUUCAAUCAAUCAUUAAUGAUAAUGAAAAUACCUCUAAUAAUGAUAAUAAUUCAAUUCAAUUAUCAAAUAGUUAUUUACCAUUAAUUGUUUGGUUGAGUAAAACUAGACAAAAACUUGGCAAAUUAUUACCUGGUCAAUGUAUUCCAUUUGAAUUGAAUUUAAUGGCUACAUUACCUGGAUUACAUAUGAUUUCCGGUUUAUGCAUUCAUGACUUAACAAUGAAUCGUGAUUAUGAAUUUAAUAAUUUAACCCAUGUUCUUGUUUUUACCAAUAGUGAUGUUUCAGCUUGAUUUCCCUCUUUCUUUCUCUCUCUCUCUCUCUCUUCAUAUCAUCUUGAUUAGUGAAUACUAUGCAUAAAACUAAUAUGUCAAUAAUAACUACAAUGUGUAUUACAGUUUUGGGCUUCUUUCAUUUUAUGUACCAUUUGUGUUUUCUUUGUUGAAAUUGACUUUGGAUUUAUUAUUAUUUAUACUUUGUAAUUUCAUAUUAUGUGUAUACAGUUACUUAUUUUCUUAUCAAUUCAAUGAACAAUGUUUGUAUCUACCUACAAUUGAUAUUCAAAUAGAAUGUUGUUGGUUUUUUGCCUUU